AAAAACUGGCGCCGCGGCUAAGCCCUCCUCCCCGUUCCUCGUCAGCGACAGACCGAGCGGCCGAGCCCAGCUGGUAACCAUCAUGGCGGCGGCGCUAUCCGCUCUCCUCCCGCACGCUGCGGCCGUCCGCCUCGCGCCGCGUGGCCGUGCGGUUGCGGCCCGCCUCCUCUGCGCCGCGGCGGCAGGGGACGCCUCGCCGCCGUCUCCAGCGCCGCGGAGGCUGGCGCUGUACACGAAGCCCGGGUGCUGCCUCUGCGACGGGCUCAAGGAGAAGCUCCACGCCGCCGUCCUGCUCGCCGGCACCCCUUACUCCCUCGCCUCCCUCGAGCUCCAGGAGAGGGACAUCACGACGGAUCCAGAGUGGGAGCGGCUCUACCAGUACGAGAUUCCGGUGCUCGCCAAGGUGCUUCCCGACGGUACCGAGGAAAUACUUCCGAGACUAUCUCCCCGGCUAAGUGUGGAGCUCAUACAAAAGAAAGUGGCCAGCGUGUUUGAUCAGUAAGGACACAUUUUAACUUGAAGAGUUCAAUGGUCAGCUUUGUAUUAAGAGCUGCAGCUGUAAGAAUGCAAAUAGAUAAUAUGAUGGUUGGUGUAAUUUUCCUUUCUUGUAAUCCAUGAUUUUCAAUUUGCGUAACUUAUUUGUAAGUUCUUUUGGGCACUUCUGUGGCUUUAAGAUAGAAACCAUAUAGACAGACAUCCAAAUACUUGUUUUGGUUCUUAGAAGAUCUACAUGUUAAUACUUGAUA